AUGAAGCUCCUGUUCCUGCUUUCCGUGUUCGCCUCGGCGCUUCAUCUGUCAACUGCGGCCGCUAUCGAACGAAGAACAGACAUAUCACCUCGAGGGAGUAAGUGGCUACCCUUCGAUGUACUCCCAUUGGAAGCAAAAAAUCUUGCUGAUGAUAUUGUACCGACUUUUCCGACGGGCAGUGAGCGCAACCGCGGAUUGCGCCGGCUCGGCAGGGCCCGUCGUUUGCUCCAUUCCUAGCGAUCUCUCCCGAGACUGUAAGUCACAAUCUGCUCGUCUAGCCAAUGGUAGACCGAGAACCUCUGGAGAGGCAGAUCGAAUCACACAACCUGAAACUUCCGACUAUUCUAUUUGCUCAAACCCACCUUGUCGCCUGCGCCAUGCCUUGCAGGGAUUUAUCGCCAGUUCGUCAAAGCGCAAGACUUUUUCAGUAUGGUGGCCAAGACGCAGAAAGACGAUAUCAUCAUGCUCGAUGACAACAUAUCGAUUUAUGCUCUCCUCCAACAAGGCCAAAUCGGCGAUGUCGAUAUACCGAUUCCAUGGGCUCUGGAACUCCACAAGCGCAAGAAGUGGGAGCUGUGGCGCGAGGUCAAGGGCAUGUCGUGCCAGAACGCCAGAGUCAGGUAUACGCAAGAAGCGCUCAGGAUGCUGUCUAAGAUGGACUGGGAGGUUUUCGAUAAAUACCAGCAGGCUAUCUUGGAAGCUUGA